AUGGCCGAUUUAUCACAUCUGAUAGACCACAUUCCACAGAGUAAUGAACAACAACGUAGUACACCCACAUGUUGUUGCGGGCGCAAAGAUUGCGCAUAUCUCGUUCAUAAUGGGGAGGUUUUGGAUAAACUUGAAGGGGAUGUGACGUUGGCAGCUCAGAUGGGCCAGGCUCUUCUAGAAAGGCACGAACACUAUAUGGUCGAUGCGGAACGAGAACGUGCAAAGAUGACGGCGAAGAUUGAGCAGUUGGAGGUCGAUAAGAGGGAGUUGGAGGUUAGGAACGAAAAGACGAUUGAGGAAAAUAAAGGGCUACUAGAUCAACUAGACGGGAUGAACAGUAGUUUUGAGGAAUCGGAACUACGGAUCAAAUUACUCGAGACGACCUUACAGAGUACGCACACCGAAAUGAAACGCCUAGAGACUUUGGCCUCGAGAACAAAUCAGCUGGAAAAAGACUUAGCAAUCUUAGAGGAGGAACAACAUACUUUACGAAACACGAUUAUACACUCGGAAGCAGAAGAGCGCACUGCAUUACUGAGGUGGAAGAGAGCGGAAAGAGGAUUGUGUGAUUUGCAAGAUCAACUGGAGAGAAUUGAACGAGAGGCACGAGAGGAAAAGGAACGACAUGUGGAGAUUUUGGGUCGUAUAGAGAGACAACGCACAGUCGAAAGAGAACUAGAUACGGCCGCAUGUCGAUUGAAGGGUGCCGCUGCUAUCACAACUGGAAGAACCAAGCAUGGUACUAGUGUUGUAUCACAUUUUGUGAAAGAUAUCCUACAAGACAAUGCGAAUCUACAACUUGGGAUAGUGGAAUUGAGGGAUCUGUUGAUGAAUUCGAAUGAUGAAGUGCAGAUCUUGCGGGAACAGUUAUUGAUGCAUCAACCAAUGUACGGGGAUGAUACCGACAACGAAACUCAGCAGCGAACUUUAGGGGCAGAACUUGCGCCAAGCGAACAAGAAUCCGAUUCACGACCACAAGACCCGCAAGUUAUUUCUCAAACACUUCAUAUACAUCAUCAUUACCAUACACCGAGGAAAGAGGAGACACGCAAGCCGAAAAAGAAGAGAACCUCUCUGAAUUCCAGUAUCUUCUCUCCACUUAGUCGAAGUCCACAAUCUCCACGCAUUUCUAGGGGUGCAGAGAAUGCCAUACUAUCCCAAACAGCAGUCACAGUCCCAAGUCCUAAUAAUACCAAUAACCGAUGGUCAGUUCAAUCAAAUCAACUGUCGGAUUUUGCUCCUUCGUCAGUGCCAUCAUCCCCACAAUCCAUGUAUCGAAACAGUGCUUUAUUCGAUCGAAACUUCGACGUCGAUUCAUCUCCGACUUCACCUACCUCGAGUAUUGACCCAUUGUCCCCUCGAAUUCAUCCUUCGUAUCACAGAAAACGCUCAUCUGAAGUCUCAACACGAAGCUUUGCGGCUACUACUAAUUUUCAACCACAUAAUAUAAUCCAUGAAGAGGAGGAUGGCGAUUCUCAUGAUGUUUCAGACCUACAGAUUGCCGAUGUUCCUUCUCUCACGGAUGAUUCUUCCAAUCCUACCACUUCGGAUGUUUCUGACGAUACGGUCGAUGAAUGGAUGCCUCCCCAUUUUGGUCCCAGGCUACGCCGUUCUUCAUCCCAUGAAUCUAUUGUCUCAAUUUCAGGCAUUGAUAUCCAUACAUUGAAAGCACGACCUUCACAAAUAAAUAUGACCUCCGCACGGGCAAUAAUACGACCACGAUCUAGGCUUUCUACUCCAACAACAGCAUACUCCACGGAAACCAUUACCAGCGCAUCUAUGAUUACAGCUCGGCCGACAUUAUGUCGGACUGGACAUAGUAGUACAAGUUACCUUCGCUCAAAUAUCGGAUACACAAACUCGACAAGAUCACCCAGCAAUGACAGAACUUCCAUUCGAUCCACCUCAUCCAAUGAAGGCAGAAGCAAUGGUCUAGGAAAGAAAGUCGGUGGCUGGGUCUUUGCUCGUUGGGCAAUAUCUCCUGCUAAAUCAAUUAAUGAUCUUAGAAGUACCUCGGAAGCUCAGAUACCAAUUCCUCCACCAACAAUUCGAGCCGUUAGUACACCAUCUAUCUCAAUAACUCCAGACCCUUUAAGGGCUAUAAUGGGGAGAGCUGCUGGUAUUAAUCAGAAAGGUCCAAUUCCGGGGUUCAGACAGACGGAAAAGGCGCCUAGCAAGGUUAUUCCGGAUACAGUUGAUCAUGAUGCUUUGGCUGAGGUAUUCGAGGAAUGA